UUAUCAGGGGAGCCAGGUGAUAUCAGCUUAGUGUUGGAUUGUUCCAGGGCGUUCAGGAGGCGAUCAUACCUGGGGGUGUUGGAAAGAUGGUGUCAGCCCUAAGCAGGAUGGACUGGAGGAGAGCUGGACAUUCCAAGGAUUGUGCUAGCCCAAGGGCAAAGUGGGGACGAGAGGGAAGAAGCAGAUAUUUGAAGAGAACAGAGAGACCUUGAAGUUCUACCUGCGGAUCAUACUGGGGGCCAAUGCCAUUUACUGUCUUGUGACCUUGGUCUUCUUCUAUUCAUCUGCCUCAUUUUGGGCCUGGAUAGCCCUAGGCUUUAGUCUGGCAAUAUACGGGGCCAGCUACCACUCUAUGAGCUCGAUGGCACGGGCAGCCUUCUCUGAGGAUGGGGCCCUGAUGGAUGGUGGAAUGGACCUCAACAUGGAGCAGGGCAUGGCAGAGCACCUUAAGGAUGUAAUCCUGCUGACAGCCAUCGUACAAGUGCUCAGCUGUUUCUCCCUCUACAUCUGGUCCUUCUGGCUUUUGGCUCCAGGCCGGGCCCUUUACCUCCUGUGGGUGAAUGUGCUGGGCCCUUGGUUCACAGCAGACAGUGGUGCUCCAGCGCCAGAGCACAACGAGAAAAGGCAGCGCCGACAGGAACGGCGGCAGAUGAAACGGUUAUAGCCACUGACAUUGUGACCACAGGCUGCUGGGCCUGGGUGGCUCUACCAGGGCUGCAUGGCCCCAUGCCAGGAGCAAUGAGGGCCAAAAGCAUCUAAGGUCUAGGAUUGAAUAAAUGGCUUAGAAUGUG